GUUCCUCCGUUCAAUGCCUCUUCUAUCAUGUGUGCACAGUCCCAUUGUUUAAAGGUCGUCUGACUUUUUGAACAAAGUCAAACCCGGAAUAUGGAUCCAAGAAAUGGAUUUGAGGCGAAACUGAAGACUUCAAGCUCGCAACUUUUGAACUCGUGACCCGAAUCUCUCCCAAUAUAUAAACUACCUCCUGCCUCACCUUUUUUAUCACCCUUUGAUACUUUCUUUCUUUUCGGGAGAAAAUUAAUCUCCUACAGAGAGAUGAAUUCCGUGCGCGUCGAUGAUUGGGAUCUGCAGGCGGUUGUCCGGGGGUGCGGCGUUGGCGAGAGUUCUUACGAUAUCAUGGACUGGAUGUCGUGGCAGUCUGAUGCCGACCUGCGACAAGAAGAGAUUCUCUUCGGCGGGUUUUCCGACUUUGCCGAGACGUCAGCGCUCUUGGAUGAUUUGGAGCAGCUCUACAAGCCAUUCUAUCCAGAACCAGAGGCCGUUCGCGAUGCGGGGUUGAUAUCCGAAGAAGUGAUUGAAGAGGCUGAGAAUAAGCUGAAGGAAGAAGAGCCCUUGACCGAUGCUUCGACAACGAGCCAGGUGGUUCACUAUGAAGAAACUAAACAAAGGAGGAGGAAGAAUCAGCAGAAGAGGGAGGUGCACCAUGUGACGGCGGCCGAUGGGGUGUCGUCGGACAUGUGGGCUUGGCGCAAGUACGGCCAGAAACCGAUCAAGGGUUCGCCCCAUCCUAGGAGCUACUACAGGUGCAGCAGCUCAAAGGGUUGUUUGGCAAGGAAACUAGUCGAGCGGAGCAGCUCUGAUCCCAGGGUCUUUGUCGUGACCUACACCGGCGAGCACAACCACACCCACCCGACUCGCCGGAACGCGCUCGCCGGCAGCACCAGGAACAAGUUCGCUUCCCCUAAAGCAAAGCAACCUGCCAUAGCUAAAGGCAACCGGCACGCGCCUCUAGCCAACGGCCCGUGCGACUCUCCGAGCUCGACCGCUACUCGGUCUCCAGUGACUCCUCCGCCCGUCGUGACUCAUUCAGAAGAAGACAAGCGGCAACUGUCCAGCAACGAGAGUGGGUUAUCGAGCGGGAGUGACGAGAAUAACACCGUCCCAACGAUGUUCUUCAGCGAUGAAAUGUUCAUGGGGUUUGAGGAAUUGAACGACAUGGUUAUGGAUCCUGGCGUCGCUGGCUACAGCUAAAAUCACCAUCGAAAGAAGCACUAAACGAAGAACUCUCUUGACAGAACGAGAUUAAUCGAUGACAUCUUGUAAUACUUUUUGUCUAAAUGAUGAUAGUUUUUUCAAGUUUGCUUAUAGUUUUUUCAAGUUUGCUUCUCAAUUGUAAAGAUGACGUGCAUGGAAGAUAACGUUCGAUAGCAUUAUCAAUUUUGGCUUAC